CGCGAGAGCGGUUUGAAAGCGUUGUUUUCGUGUCAAUCUCGCGCUACAGUGAGGUCAUUCUUCAAAUUGAUUUGUGCACUAGCGCAGAUUCACCUAAAUUCGAACAUGCGUGUACCCUCGUGGCUGUUUAUGUUCAUUAAUUUACUGUAGUUUAUAAUGACAUUAUUCACGAUACAAGUUUCGAGUGCUGCGUUUUAGUAUGGACAAACCCGGGCGACGUUGUGGUAGAAAAGCAAGGAGCAAAAGACGACGAAAAAAACGCGAUAAUGUCCCACAAGUUACGCUUUCUCACGAGGCUCAGUUUGUUCAUUUGAGGAAAUGGCUGAAUGAAAGAGGGUUUACUUCUCAGUCUCUCAUCCCUGUCAACUUCCAUGAUACGGGACGGGGGCUUAUGUCUACUCGCGCUAUCAAGGCUAAUGGCAAGGUGAUUUCCUUACCUGAGAGCUGCUUACUGACCACCAGCACAGUGCUUAGAAGUUACAUGGGGGAUUAUAUAAAAAGUAUGCAGCCGCCGAUAUCUCCUCUCCUGGCUCUUUGUUGUUUCCUCAUUGCUGAGAGACAUUUUGGAGAUGCAUCAGACUGGAGUCCAUACAUCAAUAUCCUUCCAAAGACAUACACGUGCCCUGUGUACUUCCCCGAUGACAUCAUUGACCUCCUGCCUGGGAGUCUCCGGAAAAAAGCAGCAGAGCAGAAAGAAAAAUUUCAGGAUCUCUAUUCCUCCUCGCUUACGUUUUUCCGUUCCCUCCAGCCACUCUUUAGCCAGCCCGCAGAGAAGCUGUUUACCCAGGAUGCACUGCGGUGGGCUUGGUGCAGCGUAAACACUCGUACGGUGUAUAUGGAGCAUUAUCAGAGUAACUGUCUUUCCCAGGAGAAGGAUGUCUGUGCGCUCGCGCCGUACCUUGACCUGUUGAACCACUGUCCUAAUGUCCAAGUUGAAGCCGGCUUUAAUAAAGAAACCCGCUGCUAUGAGAUUAAAAGUGUUAAAGGCUGUAAAAAGUUCCAGCAGGCGUUCAUCAACUACGGACCUCAUGACAACCAUAGACUGCUUUUGGAAUAUGGCUUUGUCGCUCCUGAUAAUCCCCAAAGUGUAGUAUAUGUUGAUUUAGAAAUUCUACAAUUGUGCUUUGAUAAAAGAGACAAACAGCUAACACAGAAACUACUGUACCUAAAGGACAAUGACUUUUUAAGUAAUUUGACCUUCAGUAUGGACGGCCCUUCCUGGCGACUGAUGACUGCAUUAAGACUUCUGUCUUUAAGACCAGAGCAAUAUGCGAGUUGGAAAAAUGUCCUCUUGGGGGCAUCAGUGAGCCAGGAGCAGGAAGAUUGGUGCAUUAACUGUGCCCUAAAGCUUUGCAAUAACCUCAUUGAAGACAGUGUCAAUGCACUAGAGAGGCUAUCUCAGCUCAAAGAGGAUACGGACCCGUCUCGCCUCGAGCAACUGUGUGUGGUGGAGAGCUUGAGACAAGAGGAGCAAAGGAUUCUGGAACACACACGAGUGCUUCUACAAAACCUCCAGAGACAAUAGUCACUGUGGUAACAGUAGGGCACUUUGAACAUUGAGAAGCAAGAAGCUUCAUGCUGCCAAGAUGUUAAAGCAAGCCAAGACUGAGUAAGGAGCCAGCAGAUACGACUGACAGUCUUUAACCCAAUCCUAUCCAGAACUACAGCAGACAUAAUAUAUUUGAAACAUAUCUGAUAAAUAUUGUUCUUUCAAGCUCAUAUUAGAGAAUUUUGCUGCCUUUCUAAA